AUGGGUGAUGAACGCCUACUCAAGAGACUCUUCUACGCUGAUGUCGCUACGGAUGGCAAACGACGAGGAUGGACAGAGCAACGCUACAAGGACAGUCUACGGAUAUCCUGUACGGAAUCUGUACGGGAGGCCUUCGCCUGUAGAAGAGCACUGAAGGCUGGGGCAGUAAUUUACGAAGCCAACUGGAUCGCUACUGUCAGAGCCAAAAGAGCGGCUUGAAAGUCUCAAGCACCUCCGGCCCACAACAUCAACAGUUAAACCCUUCCAACAUUUCUACGCCACCAACGAACCUUCCGCAUUCGGAUCGGCCUCGCCAGACAUCUCCGGACCAGUUGAGACAGCAAUCUAACAACCCCAUCUGCUGCCUCCACAAUCACCCACGUCGUAGGCCCAACACAACCCACCACGACAUCCAUGACGGAGAUUACCACCACAUCUACUACUACUACUACUACUACUACUACUACUACUACUACUACUACUACUACUACUACUACCACCACUACUACUACCACUACUACUACUACUACUACUACUACUACUACUACUACUACUACUACUACCACCACUACUACUACCACUACUACUACUACUACUACUACUACUACUACUACUACUACUACCACUACUACUACUACUACCACUACUACCACUACCACUACUACUACUACUACUACUACUACUACUAUUACUACUGCCAGUGA